CAACAGUAUUGAGGAACGUAUAUUUAUGUAUUUUAGAUGUCUUUUGCGGGAAAAGUUGUUUUGAUAACAGGAGCCAGCUCAGGAAUUGGAGCUGCAACGGCUAUUCAUCUGGCUCAGCUUGGUGCAUCACUGUCAAUAACUGGGCGUAAUAAACAUAACUUAGAUAAAGUAGCUGAACAAUGUGAACAAUCUCAGCCCUUUAUUAUAACGGGAGAAUUGACUAAUGAAAAAGAUGUAAAAAAUAUCAUCGAUUCGACAAUCAAGCAUUAUGGCAAAUUAGAUGUUUUAGUUAAUAAUGCUGGAAUUUUGGAGACGGGUAGUAUAGAAAACACAAGCUUGGAACAAUAUGAUAAUGUUUUCAACAUUAACGUUCGCUCAGUAUACCAAUUGACAAUAUUGGCAGUGCCACACUUAAUUAAAACAAAGGGGAAUAUUGUCAACGUUUCUAGUGUAUGUGGAUUACGAUCUUUUCCUGGUUGUCUGGCGUAUUGCAUGAGUAAAUCAGCUAUAGAUCAAUUUACACAUUGCGUUGCUUUAGAAUUGGCGUCAAAACAGGUGCGUGUGAACGCAGUAAAUCCUGGCGUUAUUAUAACUAAUCUUCAUGAAAAUAGUGGAAUGAGUCAAGAACAACUUAAAAACUUCUUCGAGCAUAGCAAAGAGACACAUGCACUAGGACGAACUGGUAAUGUUUCAGAAGUUGCAAAAACCAUUGCAUUUCUAGCGAGCGACGACGCCAGUUACAUUACGGGUGCGACAUUGCCUGUAGAUGGAGGUAGACACACCAUGUGUCCUCGCUAAACAAAUCUGAUAUCUUUUGAAAUAAUAUAUAUGAUAUAUUUUUUAUAUACAUACAAACUAUAUCAUACAAAUUAUAC